AUGAAGGACGUGUUGCAGAGGUUUAUCGAUUACAUGGAAGAUAAAGAGGGCACACUGGAUGCCUUAGGCGCGAAUUGUUAUAAUACCGGUUGGAAUGACAUAGACAACCCGGACGUCUAUUACAUGGGCCAAACAGUAGCAGACGUCAUACGGUGCAAACUCAUGACGGGUGCAUUAUUCUUCGCAAACGGGUACAACAUAGAAGGCAGCACUAUACAAGGGACCAGUAAAACCAUGGAUGAAGCGGAGGAGAGGCUAAGAUGUGAGAUAGCGAAUGCCUUUGGGUAUAUACUGGAACACAAGUAUUGUGAACAUAAGACAAAGUGGAGAAGGGGUAUAAAGUAUGCCUGGAAAACAGUACAAGGAAUGGGAGAGGGCAGCACGCGCGGGGACGGGAUAGAGGGUCCUGUUAUACAGGGCACAUGCACAGAAUGUGGGUAUGGUACUAAAGGAGCGACUGUAAGAGUAGUAAAUGGAGAAAUGGCAGAAUGGUUACUGCGGGAAGGAAGACUCAUGGACCAAAUUGGACACAUGCAGGGCAGCGCGCCGUGCGCUAUGGAGUGGAAGAGGUAUAUAGCACGUAAGGGUGUUACAGACACAGUCAACGACAUUAGCAAGAAGCUGCCUGAGGUAAAGCAAACGGAGGAAAAAGUAAGGACGCAGACGAAGAAAGCUUUUGAAGAGGUUACAAAGAUAGUGUACCAGAAAAUUAAGGAAAAGCAGGAUGAGGAAAGGGCAGGUAAGGAUAAGAAUAAUAAGAACACUAAGAAUACACAUAAUCCGAAUACGUUUAGCACGACGACACCCAGUAAACCAGGUGCAGGACCCGAACUCGGGGAUACCGCAGGAGGCAAGUCGUUGCCGCCAUCGCAACCAGGAUCACAACCACAAGCACCGGCAUCCCCAGUAUUACCAGCAAGACCACCAGGAGGAGCAGAACUAGGGAGAAAGGGUGAUGCAAACGCCAAAGGUGAUACAGAAUCACAGGGACCCACACCACCCGACUCAGCUCUACCACCAGCAGCAGGCAGCGGACAGGAUCCUCAAGAACCUGGUCCAGGUAAGUGGGCUGUACCAGGUAGUUCUGGCGGCACCAGUAUUGUCGUGGCUGGUACUUAUGAUAGCCGGGCACCCCCUAAAGAAAUAUUACAUAAGUACGGUAAAGACGAGAAUCCUUCGUCCACUAAGGAUCCUUCAGAUAAAACUGAUGACAAGCCCAAGAGUCCAGACCAGCAGGAGAGCAAAUCCCCGUCCUCAGAACAGACGCCACGGAGACCACCACCAGAACCAGAACCAACAACAUCAACUUCCAGUGGACCAGAAGGGGGAUCCGCUGUCCCUCCUGAUCCAGCGGGGCAACCUGCUGCACCUGAGAAGGAUGGAAAAGCGCACGGUGCGGAUGCCCCCGUCGAUGGCAGCGGCAACGAUGACCCCCCUCCUCUCAAUCCGCCCAAACCAAAACCGAACACGAACCCCGAUCAGGCGGGGUCGCGCGGCAAAAGUGGUGAAGACGGAGAUCCUGGGACAAAGGCUGCGGAUCCGGAUGAAUUCUCCGUAACGACCAGUCUGUGGGGCAUAGGGGGACCAACUUCGGGUAGUGGCGGAGGUAGUGGAACAAGUGAUCCGCCUUCGUCCUUCCUGGGUGCGCCAGGUUCAAACAAGAAUGACAGCCGUAAGAAUGCUCCGGACACUUCCCUCCCAGGACGUGGUAAUGCAGGGGGAUCAUAUGGGCCAAACGCGGCACCCAUUAAUCCCUUCACACCGUCCAAUGCACAUGAUGAAAUUCUAAGUCGACCUAAGCACAGUGGCCCCACGCCCCCCGACCUAACCGGCGCUGUCCUUCCGAAACCAUUCGACCCCAAGGAUCUCAUCCCCUACACCCCCGCGAUCAUUCCAGCGGUGGUUGGUAUUGGGCUUAUUGCCCUUUUCCUAUGGAAGGAACUCUAA